AUGGGUACAACAGCACUCCCAUUUCUCUUGCAUUCGAGUAUGCGAACCACUUCAUCCAAACACCAUGUGGAAGAUGCAAAGUCUUGGGAGAAAACUAUUAUGCAAAUCUUAGAUUCCUUAAUGACCUCCAUGAUUUCAGAAAUUCUAUGGCCACUUUCAAGGACACCUUAUCGCUCACCAUGUAUCCUAUAUGUAUUAAGAUAUCUUACAAUCCCGAAAUCUGAAUCUUCUUCUUUGGCAGAAGCAGAGAAGAAAAACGAGAAAUUUGAAGAGGAUAAUCAACAAAAUAUUGGAGCGAGUUCGAUACCUCGGCCACGGGCUGUAUUAUCAAGUCCGAAUAAUGAUGUAGUUAUUGGGAAUAAAAACAGAGUCAAAACAGAAAGGCCAUCGGUUUUGAAGAAUCGUAAGACAAUUCAAAAUCGACAUGCACUAUGUAAGGUUAUCCCAAGCCGGACAGCAGAAAAUUCUAUGAACAUGAAAAAGUCCAAGGAGGUUCCGGAUGAGAGCAAUCUUAAAGGCAAAAAAGCAUCAGCAGUAACAGUUCCGAGUCAGAGACGAAAUCCUAGAACCGGGAAACCAAGCUCUAUUAGAAUUUGAGUGUUUGUUUUUUGUAAUUGCCACUAUAUCAAGUGCUCAUACUUGAUGGAAUAUACUGAUACAGAGCGUUGUUAGCGUUUGCUUCA